AUGAUUUCUCUCUCCAAAGAGCAUCACAUUGCAAUCAUGAAAUUCUUCGCCCUCUUUACCUACUGCACCGCGGCGAUCGCCAGCGUUGUGCCUCUGGCCACGGACCUGACCAAUGUCGAUGUACAAGUUCGCAACGCUGGCGAAGUAUUCGAAACGGCUGAUUCGGUGUCUUUGGCGAAGCUCCUCUCGCGCGACUCGGCGAGUGCCUACGAAGAGGCUAGGCGGGCCGCUGGACGUAGCCUCUCCGCCGGCACCUACUACUACUUCAUGAACUGCAACGAGAUGGUCGAAGGCGACUACAACCGUGCUACAACAAACAAGGGGCGCUGGAUGAUGGACACCUAUUCUUGCUCUCAUGUUGGUCUCGUCGUGGGCAAGACUUCGUGGCUGGGGCGCAAAUUCAAGGCGCAUUAUAUACACAUCAGGACGUUCUCUGAUGGCCUUGGCCAAACCCACCACGAUUACAACCCUUAUGAGCACCAGAGACUCAUUUGGGGUGGUAAAACCACGGAAUCCAAGGCCAAUCUUAACAGGUUGGUCGAUGCUGGUAGAAGCUGGCUCAAUGGAGCGAUGGUGAUCACCGAGGAACACAACUGUAUGGCGCAUUACGAGUAUCUCGCCAGUCUACUCUAA